UCCCGCUUAAGGGGACGCUAGCACAAACGCGUUAGAAACGUGCAGUACUCUCUAGUAAGGGGGAGCGGCCACAGCGUCUUACGCAGCCAUUUACACAUGCCGGAACGUGCACCGCGUUUGCCGACGCCAUCACAUGACUGCUGAGAGAGUAUACCCCCCGUAUUCAUAAACGCUCCUCGACUUGCUUGGCGCUGAGCCGUGCUCCCUCAAGGGCUGCAGAAGAUAGCGCCAACCUUUCCCUUUCCCUCAAGAACCACUUAUCAUCAUCGACUUGAACUUGACUUGCCACCGCUUUGGGCAGCGCGUUCGAAACGCGUUGAAGGUAAGGCUGAGAGGCCACAGCGUCUUACACCAGCUUCUUACACGGGCCGUAACGCGCUAGCACAAACGCGUUAGAAACGCGCUAGAAACGCGGCCUUUCGUUAAUGUUGGGUAUUUAUUGCCAUCGCGGUGCGUGUGUCCAUGUCCGCUUCGUGGCGUAGUGGCCUUCCGGCCGCGCUAGCGAACGGACGUGUUUUUUCAUGAGCUCCGACGGAGCGGCGAUAGCGGCCAAGCUCGGCCGCGGUAACAGGUUAUCGGCAAUGGAAAGCGAAUACCAGGUUGUUCUGCCCAGUCUGCCUACAGGUCGGUUCGUUUUAAAUACCGUGUUUUUGCACGCGGACGUCAAGGCUCGCCCCUACAGGGUAGAAGACUUCCGCGACGCUCUGGCCCAGUAUUCGGUGCUCCCCGAGGUAGUCGCCUUGGGGGCGUACCGUAUGAGCCAUGUGUGGGCGGUCACCUUUAAGGACGCAGAAGCGGUCAGGAAGUUGGUCAGCAUCGGUGAACUGCAAGUUAAAAGCAAGCGCUGUAUCGUCAUCGACCCGGCCAACAGGGACGUCCGAAUGAAGGUACACUGGUUGCUCCACAGUGUGCCUGACGAGGACGUGCGCCUUGCCUUCAUGCCUUUCGGUAAAGUCACCGACAUUGUCAGGGAGCGUUGGCGGGCCGAGGGAUUGACUGACAAAGGGUCUACAACGAGGCUUGUGACUCUGAAGCUGAACGCCGGAGUCAAAAUUGACGACUUGCCACACCAGCUAAGUGUGUCCGGUGAGCUCGCCCUCGUCGUUGUACCGGGCAGGGCUCCGCUCUGCCUUCGCUGCCGGGGAACGGGCCAUAUCCGUCACGAGUGCCGCAUCCCGCGAUGUGGUGUGUGUCGGCGUUUCGGUCACGAAGACGGCCAGUGUGAGCGAACGUACGCCAGCGUGACGGGGCCUGGGGGCAGCGAGGACACCGCCGAUCUGCUCAUGGACGAGGCAGACUUGGAAGAGGCGACGCCUCAGGCAAACUCCCGUGAAGCACAGCCGUCUAAACCGUCCUCUUGUCCGGAGGGCGAGCGUAACAAGCAGCAAAACGCCGUAACUUCCAAGGACCAGCACGAGCCCGCCAAAGGUGUUGACUCUGCAUCGACUGGACGGGAUACGCCACCAGAUGUGCAGCUUCCGGUGAGCGUGACUGAAUCCGUGGAGGAGUGCAUGGAUGCUUCGCGCGACGGAGCUAGCUCGAUGGCCGGGAAGCGGGCGUAUGAGAUGACGGUGGACAGUGAGCAACAGCGGGACGACGGUGGAGGCAGCGAGCCGCCGACAAAAACGCCAGGUGUGAGGCGCUCUCCUUAUAGACCGCGACCUAACAUUCCGGGCGAACCACUGCGGGCGGUGAAUCCGCCUCCGUAG